AUGGUCGGUUGCCCAAGCCGCCAAGCAGCUGGCUUUAUCCGUACUACAGUCCGACCACAGCACCUUCUGUGCCGUAAGACCACCGACUGGCACGUCGAACAGGAGAUGGUCCAAGUUGACAAGUCUGAGAACAUCACUGGAUCGGGCACUCGCCCCAGGACUCCCCCCUCGACGGAUCGCCACUCCGUUAUUUCACCGGCCCGAAAGAGCAGCUCUAAGGCUUCCUCUCCACCGUUCAAAUCAUACAUCAACUUUCUGUCCAACACGAACGAUGACUGGAACAUCGACGAUGCCGAAGACAUGUACAUCUACGAAUCUGAUGAUGGUGAUGAUUUUGGGCUACCGAGUCUGUCCAACAUGAAACGGAGGACGAGAAAGAUGACUGAACAGAGCAAAACUGCAGCCGAAAACGGGCUUGGAAACGAUAGUCCCUCAGGUCAUGAAUCGCGACGGCGAAUGUCGGACAGCGCCGACAUUGCCGUCGAACGCCCAGCCUGCAUGUAUCCAAUGCCCAAGAAGAGCGAGGGCAAGAUCCUCCGACCACAGUACAAAGAGAUAUUGCGCGAUCCUGCAAAUGCGUUGCAUCUCAUAAACUACCCCACAAUACCUCCCAAUGCCACUCAGAAGGAGAUCGAUGAGAUCAAUUCGCGAAUAACAAGGAUCAACAAGUUCAAGCGCCUCUUACAAGCAUCUACAAUAUCUCUCCCCGAAUUGCGAGCCUUGGCGUGGUCUGGGGUUCCCCAAGAGGUCCGCGCUAUGACGUGGCAGCUCCUGCUCAGCUACCUUCCCACCAGUGCUGAGAGGAGAGUGGCGACGCUAGAGCGAAAGCGAAAGGAGUACUUGGAUGGCGUGCGGCAAGCCUUCGAGAAAGGAGGGCCUCAAGCAGCAUCAUCUGGGCGAACGGGUGGGAGAGGACUGGACGAGGCCAUUUGGCAUCAGAUUAGUAUCGAUGUUCCACGGACAAAUCCUCAUAUUGAGUUAUAUGGGUAUGAAGCGACACAGCGAUCUUUGGAGCGAAUUCUCUACGUGUGGGCAGUGCGACAUCCGGCCAGCGGAUACGUCCAGGGCAUCAAUGACUUGGUGACGCCUUUCUGGCAGGUGUUUCUAGGAAUGUACAUUACGGACCCGGAUAUUGAGAGUGGCAUGGACCCGGGCCAGCUUCCUAAGGCGGUGCUGGAUGCUGUCGAAGCUGACUCAUUUUGGUGCCUGACGAAGCUUUUGGAUGGUAUUCAAGACCACUAUAUCGUGGCCCAACCUGGCAUCCAGCGGCAGGUUGCUGCCCUGCGCGACCUAACUGCCCGCAUCGACGCCGGCCUAGCUCGACAUCUCGAGAAGGAGAACGUUGAAUUCAUUCAAUUCAGCUUCCGCUGGAUGAACUGUUUGCUGAUGCGCGAGAUCAGCGUCAAGAACACAAUCCGUAUGUGGGACACAUAUAUGGCUGAAGAACAGGGCUUCUCGGAAUUCCACCUUUACGUUUGCGCCGCGUUCCUUGUAAAAUGGUCUGACCGCCUCGUUAAGAUGGAUUUCCAGGAGAUUAUGAUGUUCUUACAAUCGCUACCCACGCGCGAUUGGACCGAGAAGGAUAUUGAGCUGCUACUGAGCGAGGCUUACAUUUGGCAGUCAUUAUUCAAAGGCUCCUCAGCUCACUUGCGCGGGCAAGGGCAGGGGUCUUCGUCGCAGGCCGGGGCGCUGGCGCCUGGUGCAACGAAAAAUUUCCAGCUUUGA